CAUUUCAACGGGUGCCCUGCCAUUUCAGCGGGUCUACUCUCGAGUAGGACCACGCCGGGGCAUUGGCCUGGAUCGGGACCCGGAAGGGGUGGUGCCGCUCAGCCCCGAUCCUGCCUCCAGGGGUGGAGUAACGUGCGGAGAGUUUCCCCCUCUUUCCAGCGAUCCGAGAACGUGGUGGCCAGGGGGGAGACUGACCUUGACACGCGUUUGGGAGCGUCUUCGGAAAAAGCAGAAGACAGCGACAAGGAGACCCAUUCCGCCUUGAGGCUCCGCAUUGUUUCCCGGUCGGAAAGUAGUGCCGGUUGAAGAGCCUCUGAAGGACCAGCGGAACUCCUUGACAAUUUAAAAUCCGGGUGUUCGAAAAAGUCCUCUGUGGCAGUGGCAAAUCUCUCAGUUAUCAAUAACUUUUGGGGGGCAGCAGAGUCGAGCAGGAGAUGUCUAACCCUCUGCGGCAAGUUUUCAACAUGGACCGCACAUUCCGCCCCAAGAAGAAAUUCGAACCCGGGACGCAGCGCUUUGAGCUGCACAAAAUGGCGCAGGCGUCUCUCAACGCCGGGCUGGACUUGAAGGUGGCUGUGCAGCUGCCGCCCGGCGAGGAGCUGAACGACUGGGUGGCCGUCCACGUGGUGGACUUCUUCAACCGCAUCAACCUCAUCUAUGGGACCAUCGCCGACUCCUGCACGGACCAGAGCUGCCCCGUCAUGUCUGGGGGUCCGAAAUACGAGUACCGGUGGCAGGACGAGAAAUCCCGCAAGCCCACUGCCCUCUCGGCCCCGCAAUACAUGGACCUGCUGAUGGACUGGAUCGAAGUGCAGAUCAACAAUGAGGACCUAUUCCCGACCAACGUUGGUACCCCGUUCCAGAAGAACUUCCUCAAGUCCGUCAAGAAGAUCCUCUCGCGGCUCUUCCGAGUCUUCGUCCACGUCUACAUCCACCACUUUGACCGCAUCGCCCAGAUGGGCUCCGAAGCCCACGUCAACACUUGCUACAAGCACUUUUAUUAUUUUGUGACGGAGUUUGGCCUCAUCGACACCAAGGAGCUGGAGCCCCUGAAGGAAAUGACCUCCAGGAUUUGCCACUGACGUCCUGCAGGGAGCGAUUCCCCUUGCCCUCCUGCGCCAGAUACGAGCCUCUCCUGGGACUGCGGAACUCUCCUCCACUAGAGAGGGCAAGAAAAAUCUGGAGCACCUUCCUUCCCUCUUUAAAGAAAAUAAUAUAUUGUUUUAUAAAACAAAGCCAAUGGAAGGGGGGGGGAGAGAGAGAGAUAUCCUAUGAUGACUACUAAAAACUGUUUUAUACAAUGAUUUUCCUUGUUAGAGAGAGGGAGCGUAUGUUGUGUGUGUGCCUGUAUGUAUUAUAAUCAGGGAUAGAAUCAUAGAACCCUAGAAUCCUGAGGGUCAUCUAGUCCAACCCCCCUGCAAUGCAAGACUCUUUUUGCCCAAUGUGGGGUUCGAACCCACAACCCUGAGAUGAAGGGUCUCACGUUGUCCCUAUCUUUUUUUUAAAAGGGGGGGGACCCAGGUAACUACUGACCGGUGAGCUUGACGUCGAUACCAGGAAAGGUUCUAGAACAGAUAAUUCAACAGGUAGUCUGUGAGCAUUUAGAAACAGGAGUCGAGUGUCCAGAUCAAGGGAGGCCAUAGUCCUGCUCUAUUCUGUCUUGGUCAGACUACACCUGGAGUCCUGUGUCCAGUUCUGGGCGCCACAAUUUAAGAAGGAUGUUGACAAGCUAGAACAUGUGCAGAGGAGGGAGACCAAGAUGAUCAAGGGUCUGGAAAGCAAGCCUGAUGAGGAACGGUUGAAGGAGCUGGAAAAGAAGGAGGCCGAGAGGAGAUAGGAGAGCCAUCUUCAAAUAUCUCAAGGGCUGUCACAUGGAAGAGGGAGCAAGCUUGUUUUCUCCUGCUCCGGAGGGCAGGACUCGAACCCAUGGCUUCAAGUUGCAAGAAAGAGGAUUCCGACUAAACAUCAGGAAGAGCUUUCUGACAGUGAGAGCUGUUCCACAGCAGAAGAGACUCCCUCAGAAGAAGGUGAUAGCCUCUUCUUCUGUGGAGAUUUUAAAGCAGAGGUUGGUUGGCCAUCUGCCAUGGAUGCUUGGCCUGAGAUUCCUGCAUGGCAGGGGGUUGGACUGGAUGACCCUAGGUGUCCCUUCCAACUCUAUGAUUCUAGGAUUCUGUGUUGAACCUCAGGCCACGGCCCUCACAGAUGCCACUUUGCCUGAGUGUUUCUGCCUGGCUGGUCCUUCCUUUCCCUUGCCCAGGAGGGGGAUGGAGAGGGGCGCCUGUUUGAGUGUGUGCAGAAAAAACUGGCCCACCCAUGGGAUCCCCUGCCACUUGGACCAGCAGAACCGGCCCUGCCACGGGUGCUGCCCAAUACUUGUAAGAAAUCGGUCCCUUAGUGCUGCUGAGCUCGCACUUUGGAACUCCCUGCCAAUUGAGGGCACCUCUGUCCUACCCAUUCCAGCUCCUGCUUAAAAAAAAAAAAAUCUUGCUUCAGAAGCCGAUGUGAGCUUUAAUCAGUUUUUAGGACUCUCUCGGACUUGUG